AUGGAGCUGUAUCUGGCCAUUCUUACCCUCACUGCUUUUCUCUCAGCCGAUGCUCAGUUAGAGCAUAAGGAUUUCUCAAUCACUGGAUGUUCUGAAACAGAGAAAGAGUCUAUGACUGGAUCUGACGGAGAGGAAGCGUGGCAUGCUGACUUUAAUCAGAAGACAGGAGUAGUUACAUUACCUGAUUUCGCAGAUCCUAUGAGCUUUCCAGGAUAUUAUGAAGAAAGUGUUGCAAAGCAAGAAGUAUGCAAACAAAACCUGGCUGUACUCAUUAAAGCUUACGAGAGCCCACCAGAGGAAAUGGACCCUCCUGAGACGUUCAUCUAUCCGAGGAACGAUGUGCAGCUGGCUGUUGAAAACACGCUCAUCUGUCACGUGACGGGCUUCUUUCCUCCACCUGUCAGCGUCUCAUGGGCUAAGAACAAUGUGAUUGUGACAGAAGACGUGAGUCUGAGUCAGUACCGGCCGAGGAGCGACGGAUCCUUCCACGUGUUCUCCUCCCUGAAGAUCACUCCUGAAGAUGGAGACGUUUACAGCUGCACAGUGAACCACCGAGCGCUCCAGGGCCAACCGCAGACCAGAAUAUGGAGUGUCCCGGAGGCGGCUGCUGUCCUGCCCAGCCUGGGUCCGGCGCUCUUCUGUGGAGUGGGAUUGACUCUGGGGCUGCUGGGAGUCGCUACUGGACUCUUCUUCCUCAUUAAAGCAACUACGACUGACACGCCAGACAUGGCCAAAAACAUCAAACAUUUAAUGCAGUGGACCCAAUCAAAGACAGUUUCUCCAGGAUUCUGAAGACGGUACAU